AUGGAGCGGAGAAUUGGACACCUUCUCUCCUACACCAUGUCAGGUUCCAACAAAACCGACUUCACCAACCCCUCCAGCUUCAUCCUGCUGAGCAUUCCUGGCCUGGACGUGGCCCACAUCUGGAUCUCCAUCUUCUUCUGCACCAUGUACGCUAUAGCUGUCUUGGGGAACUUCAUCAUCCUGUUCAUCGUGAAGACGGAAGCGAGCUUCCAUGGGCCCAUGUAUUAUUUCCUCUGCAUGCUGGCCAUCACUGACCUGCUCCUGUCCACAGCCACAGUGCCCAAAAUGCUGAGUAACUUCUGGUUCAAUUCCAGGGAAAUUGAUUUCAGUGCCUGCCUCACCCAGAUGUACUUCAUUCACUGCUUCUCAAUGAUGGAGUCUGGGAUCCUUGUGGCCAUGGCUUUUGAUCGCUACGUGGCCAUCUGUGAUCCCCUGAGACAUUCCACCAUCCUGACAAACUCUGUCGUUUCCAAGAUUGGUCUGGCCGUGGUGAUGCGUGGCAUCAUGCUCGUACUGCCCUAUCCCUUCCUGGUGAGUCGGUGGCCAUAUUGCAGAACCAACAUCAUCCCCCACACACACUGUGAGCACAUGGCUGUGGUGAAGCUGGCCUGUGGAGACACCCACGUCAGUAGAUACUACAGCAUCUUUAUGAUAUUCUGUGUGAAGGGUCUGGAUAUGAUUUUUAUCACAGUGUCCUAUACCCAGAUACUCAGGGCCAUCUUCAGCCUCCCCACAAAGGACGCCCAGCUCAAGACUUUGGGGACCUGCAGCUCCCACCUCUGUUCCAUCUUAGCCUUUUACAUCCCACUUCGCUUCUCCUCCCUCACACACCGGUUUGCCCUUAAUGUGCCCCUGCAUUUCCAUGUUCUCAUUGCCAAUGUGUACCUCCUGGUGCCCCCUAUGCUCAAUCCCAUCAUCUAUGGGGUGAGGACCAAACAGAUCCGGGGCAGGGUGCCCUGGCUCUUUACUUAUAAAGGGACCUAA